AUGGCGAGCUUGGUCGACCAUGUCGACCGCAUCUCUGCACUCGCCUCAUCUGUCCGUGCCUCCGCUGCACCUACUUCUGGCACCCCCAUCUCUGGACCAUUCACUCGUGCGAUAUUGGACAUGCCUCUCGGUGAUCUUAUUCGAGACAUAGAUCCCGCAGAGAUAGGUCUUUUCACGCUCGUGCAACCACAGCAGCCAACCAUCGCCGAAGUAGAUACUGGGAGCGUCGAGAUUACGCGAGUUGAGUUUCUAGGCGCGACCCCACUCCGCAAACCACCGUCCUCGAGGUACGGGAAGGGAGACGCUGCCCGAGCACCGCGGGAGCACGAUCCGGAGGUGUAUGCGAACGCUGCUGUGAAGUACUUGGAACGCUACCAAUCAAUCCGACCCAUGCCUCGGGCAUCCGAGCAGGCGCUCCAGAUCAUUGAACGCUUGGAGGAGGUCAGAGCGAACAUACAUAACCUAAGCGAGCAGCUUAAGCAACAUUCAGAUGCGGACGCAGCUACGCCACCUCUAUCACCUAAGUCAAGCAUCAAGAAGGAAGAGCGACAAAUCAAUGAAUUGCAGUCUCAGAUUCAAUACCUGAGAGAGCGUAAGGAGGAGCUGGCGAAGAAGAAAGCGCGUGGCCCACUUCGAGCUAAACGCGAACCUAAGCCCCUGAUCACCGCGACGCCAACCGAAGCCACCGAUGAGCGCGAAGACACAUUUUGGAACACUCCUGGCGCGGCUGCUCGCACUCUACAUUUUACAGGCGAUUCUCUUCUCGAUGAAGAAGUUGAUCUGGCGAAUGUCACAACGGCAUCGUUUGGAACUCCCCUCUCUCUGCAGAAGAAGAUCAUGAGUCCGCCGGCCGAGAAAGAAGUGGUCGUAUCAGAAGAGCCAGCAGACGACAUCGAAGAGGAGGAAAUUGACGAGGUGCUCGGCGAAAUAGAUGAAAGCGUAGAUCCAACGGUGGUUCUGGGGAAGCUACCUGCUGCGUCACCCCCCGAGAAACAAAUUUACGUUGCGCCCGAUCCUGCGCCCGAGGAAGUGGAGGAAGCGCUUCCUCCUCCAAAAGAUGCGGAGCCAGCUGCUGCGACUCCUCAGCAUCGCCAGAAGGUCAAGGUUACGACUGAGUUGGAGCGAAUAGUGGUCUGUCGCGUUCGUCUGCUGGGUUCACGCGGCGUGGCUCACGCUAAGAUUUGGGCCACUGUCGGGGAGGUCAUCAUGCCUGGCCAUCCAUUCGAUGCGCUCGGCAGGAGCACCAGCAAGAGUAAGCCUCCGCGUGCGAAGGAAACGAUGGCCUAUCUACGGGAGCUCGCAACGCAUAGUCCGAUACCUUCUUCUCCUUCCGCCUCUAGCUUCUCUUCUUUUUCUGCGCCUUCCGGCCCGAACGCGGCACCAACCGCACAGCAAGUGCUCACAGCGCACAUGCUUCUGGCGCUCCUUACAGCGCCAGGUCAUGCACAGUCCCUCCGGGUCCUCAAGGAAGACCUGACCCAGAAGGCGGCCAGCAUUGGCACGAGCACAGGUGCGGGGCUGAUUGGAGGUAGCGCAGUGACAAAACCCUUGUACGGUUGUGUCGCCAAACGACUGCUGAAGAUUGAGCGUGGCGCGGGAGAGCAGGUAGUGAAGUUUGAUCUGUAG